AUGGAUCAAUAUAACGUUAAAAACAAUUUCUUUAUACCUCAAAAUUAUCAACGUGAAAAAAUUAGCGAAACAUCUGCGUCUUUUUUACGACAUAAGAACUUUUUGAAUGGUCUUCAAAACGCACAAAAUUUAUUAAACGGAUUAGAACGUUGCCUUCAAAAAAGUAGCAAGUAUGAGAAGAAGCUGUUGCGAUGCAAGUCGUCUCACUCGCACACACACAAUUUUAACGAUUGGUGGGAGAGUGAACCUUCAGUGGAAAAGGAGACGAAGACAUCUAAUACAGGUAAUACAAAAUCGUCUAGAAGUCAAGUUGAUUUGGCGGAAUCCUGGUCUACCAUGAGCAUCGUGUGCUUACAAUAUCAAUAUGAAGAACUAUCAAAGCGUUACGAAACCUUACUGCAAGCCUACGACGAGCGAUGCAGAAAGCUCAAUGAAAGUGAUAAAACAAUCGAGCGACUGCAACGCCGCACGUAUGCGACGCACGCUCAGCUCGUUCGCGCGAAUAAAACUUUGCUGUCUGUGGGCGAAAAGUAUUUGAUACUCCGGCGUAAGAGAUUGUUGCAAAAGAAAUUAUAUGAAGAGAAAUUGGAAGUUUUGAAGCAUAUAAUACAAGAAAUUACUGCAGAAGUAGAUCAAAAAGAUCUGGAAUUAGAUCGGUUGAAUAUAAACGUGGAACCCGAACUAGAAGUGAACACAGCUUUGCUGAUGUCAGAGAUUCGCAAAUGUAAUUAUCUUUUCCUGGAAAACCUACAUUUAAAAGAACUUAUAAGGAAUGAGACAUCACAAAACGAUACUUUAGAGACAUAUUAG